AAGAAAAAAAAAGUCAAAUGACAAGUUUACGUCGGCCACUGUUAUUUGUUUGUUUGGAAUUAAAUACAUUUUUAUUAUAUUUGUGGAUUAAAGAGAAAUACUCAGAUUAUUGCUAUUAAUAUAGUAGUCUAUAGAAAUGGCUACGUAUGACAACAAAAUUUGGCUCCUUAAAAAUAUACGGGAUGCCUUUAUAGCGACUGACGAUACAGGUUUAUGUGAAAUUGUAAUGGCUGGUGAGGAUUUUUCAAAAAUAUUUCAAAACAAGGCUGUUGAAGACAGAAAAAGAAUAAAAGAAGGCAGAUAUAAACAAACAAGCGUAAAUAAAGGUAAAGAGGGCAUGGGAGAUAUAUCAGAAGAUGAUGAUGAUAGAGAAAUUGUGACACAAUUUGACCCAUAUCCCGACAUGGAGGACAGUGAGGAUGAUGACUUGAUGUGUGGCAGCUAUGUACGUUAUGAUGAUUUUGGUGGACACAGACAAAGAUCUAAUACAGCUCAAAGGCUAGAUAAAAAGGAACAAGCUUUAAAAAAGGCAGCUAAAAUAAAAGUUAUAAAAUGGGAAGACCCAGCACCACUCACAUCUGAACAGAUAUCAGAAAUGUUUGCCAAAGUCGAAGUGAAAAAGGCAGAGAAACAGAAGUCAUUGUUAACUGAACAGCUUGAGAACUGUCCGGACCUUCCUCAUCGUCAAUAUCUGGAGUAUGCAAAGUUUGAUGGCACUGCACAACUAGGACUACCAACAAAGUCGUUUAAGAUCUUCAUGACAAUGCUUCCAGAAAAGCAUCAGAACUAUCCCCUAGUUGUCUGUGUCAUUGCAAAUGCAAAGAUUAAAGAUCUUAUUGGUUUCACUUGCUAUAAAUACAGCAUUGAACAUCCUGAAGUAACAUUGGGAUGUGUGCAUAAUUACGGACUUUGCAUAGCAGAGGAAGAUGGGGAAGUCGAUAUUGGGUUUCCUUGUCUUGAUGCCAAUGAACCGUGUUCUAAAUUUGGUUUCACAUGUCUUGGUCUUGUAGAUUUAAAUAACAAAAAUGCACUUACUCACGGGCCAAUACAUUCUAUACCUGAUGAUGGAAUGUUGUAUAAAGGAUUGGAUAUAUUUCCAAAAGCUUCAGAUUCUGGCCAUAGUCAUCACACGCAGCCUAGACUCAAUACAGGAGAUAGUACUACUUCUGAAACUGUCAAAAUAGCUAUAAAAGCGGUAUCCAAUGAAAAGAAAGCUGGCGAUACAGACUUAGAUAAACUACACUCGCACAUGACAGAGCCUCCACAGUAUAAAAUGUACAGAGUUAAUUUAUUACGAAAAGUGCGUACGAAUAUACCGGUACAGCUUGUCAUAUCAUUUGAUAAGAUUGAGGUGGAGCCUCUUAUCCCGCACAAGCACGCAUUUUGGUCAAAAUCCAAAUACUUCCUGCACAGUAUAGACUCAAUAGCGUGGUGCCAGAUGCUGGAAGCCAAGGCUAGUAAAACUACGUUUAGGGUCUUAUACUCACCCUUACAUAAUACGAAUUAUGACCAUAUUAAUUUAGGUGCCAGCAUUUUCCAUUCUAACGCAACGUACAAAUACCAUGAUUUCGAGUGUGACCAUGAAACAGCCAAAGAGAUUGUGGACAAAAUAAAUAUAAUUCUUGACCGUAGAAACAGUCCGUGUCGUCGGGACUACAAAAUAGCUAAAGAGAAGAAACUACAAACACGAAGGAGUUUUCACACUAAACAUUUAAGUUGAGUACCAAAAUAAUAAUAGUGUAGUCUAAUCAAAGUUCCUCACAUAAUCAAAGACUGUACUAGGGUACAAAUAGAGUAGAAUUUUAAAUGCUCAAUUAUACAUAUACUAUGUAUAGGUACUGUGUAUAAGCAUUAUUUAUAUCGCCAGAUCUGCUAGUCCCUGAGGCGUGAGAUAAGUUUACAUUUGUGUGGAUUCACCACAUAGACAAUGUACCUAUAUACGGAUUUUUACCUCUUUUUUAUACCUAACCUGUGGCCAUAGACAUAUACACAAAUGAAAAAUACAUCUCAUGCUUCACAAAUUAUUAGUUUAAAAUACAGAUUUAGAACAUUUUGAUUAUAAAAAUAAAAACUGAACAGGUGUGCUUUAAUACCAGCUUUAUACAAUUGUUAUAAUAUUAAUUAUAUUAGUUUUAAGACUGACUCAUUCUAUUGUUGUGUUUAUUAAACUGUUUGUACCCUAGUUUCGGUGAAUGAAUGAUACAUUUGUGAUUAAUAUAAUCACGAAUUUUAUUGAAUAAACUGAUGUACAGAUUCGAUACAUUUAUACACUAUUAUAAUCACUGCCUGCUGUCAAUAAGGAUUAAUGUCUGAAAAUAAUCUGUCCAUAUAUAUAUACAUUCUUCGCAAACUUUAACUGUAAUAAGAAACUGUUGAAUUUUAUUAUCUUUUAAAUUACAUUACCCUGUGGGAGUGAGAAUAUGUCACGAGGAAUCGCAAAUUUAUAUUAUUUGAUAAGAUUAAAAACACACAACAACGCAAGUUUAAAAUUAGAAAUAAAAACAAAAAACAAACGUUUUAUAAUACUUGUUAUAUUCUCAAACUUAUGGCGAAAUUUGUAUGUAAAUAAAUAUUGUAUUUGUGUUAGAUAAUUUAUUUUUACUUCGUAAUAUGUUACUGAAAUUGUAAAAUGUAAAUGAUGAAUUUUUUAUUAUUUUUGUAUAUAUGGUUGAGAAUAUUCUGCAGGUACUGUAUUAAUUUGCCAAAUAAAAUGUACUGACUAUAAAAUUUCAAUAAAGAACUAUAAACGUUAUAUAUAAAAGUACUUUGAUGUAUGACUUCUUAACCUUAUUGUAUGUAAAUCAAUGGCUAGAAUACUAUGUGUUUGUCUAAUAUAAUUUAUUUUAAUCCUGUAAUACAUUUUUUCAAUGGAAUUCUGAACUAUUCUACUUUUACAUGAUUGAUUGAUGAUAAUUUUCUUAUUAUAAAACUAAAAUUACAGAACCAAAUAUACAUUUCUUUAUUUCUAAGUUGAGUUUUUCAUAUAGUAGAAAUAUUGUAAAAGAGAUUACAGUGAUAUUACUUUGAAUAAUAUUGAAAAGUCUUCACAUUCGAGAAGACCGCAGAAAGAUUUUGUGACGCUUAUGGUUGGGUUACGGUUUUUAGUGAAAAGAACACAAUCUUAACAACUACAAUAUUAUUAAAUGAUUGUAAAUAUAAACAGUGGAAAGUGAUUUUGUAAAUAUUUUAAAACGCCGUUAGUUAUUCCCAUGGGAAUAUUUAUUGUUUGGAAACUGACACUAUAAAAAAAGCGUUGUUAAAUUGCUUUCUAAUUUCCGACGUGAAUUUAUACUCGUAUUAAAAAAUAACUGUUACUAUUUUCAAUGAAGUUUUUCUACUUUGUCUAUACUGAAUAAAUAACAAUCAAUUCAUGCAUGUAUUAAUUGAGUUCAUCCAGAUAAUUUUGUUUUUAUAUCAGUAUUUUUCUUUAUGUAUACUUGCUUUUGAAAAUAGAUUUGUGCAAUAUGUUCUAGAACACAGUUCUUUAUGUAAAA